GGAGGGGCGGGGCGGGGCGCGGGCAGUGUCGUCAUGGCCGCGGGCACAGAGCGGCCGGCGCGGAGGAGCAAGAAAGUUGUUGAUUAUUCGGAAUUUGGUGAAGAUGAUGAUGAAGACUUUGCAUGUAUAGCUGCACCUUUAAGCAAAAAAUCCAGAACACAGCUGAAAGAACCAAAGAAGGAAAAAAAAGAGAAGCAAAAAAAAACACACAAGGAAUUAACUCCAUCACAAAAGCAGGCACCUAGUAAAAGAAUAUCCUUGGAUGACAAACUCUAUCAAAGAGAUCUGGAAGUUGCCUUAGCCUUAUCUGUCAAAGAAAAACCAACAGAUAUCCUUGAGGUGCAAAAUUCAGAAGAACAAGAUAAGAAUAUUGAAACAGAAAAUAGGAGACCUGUUUUUACCAACUGCAGUGUAGACAGUGAACUUUUAGGUCUUGAUCAGGUUCUACAUGAUGACAUACCUAGGAGUGACUGUAGGCGAAGGACGGCAGCAUCUAAAGCUCUGUCACAUGAGAAGAAGUCACUGACCAUUGCCAGUGAUGACAGAGAGCACGUUACUGACUCUGAGCCAGAGUCUGUACCAGAUAAGGAAUCAGAAGAAGACUCAGAUUAUAAUGAAGGGGAUGAUGAAGACUUUGCUAUGGAAAAGAAGAAAGCCAAAGUAAAUAAAAAAGAAACCAAACAAAAGAGGCAGGCUGAAAAAGAAAAGAAGACUUCCACAUCCAAGAACAAUACUACAGUAUCGCCUGUAGUUUCUCCUUCACUGAUAACGGAACUAAAAUCUGAGUCAACACAGAUGUCCAGUUCUUCAGAACCAAUUGGAAGGCCUUUACAUGCAUCAAGUCCUGUAACGGAGAAGAAGCCUAAAUGGAUACCACCAGCUGCAUCGGGAAGCACUAAUAACAUUGGGAAAUAUGCUUCAGUUAAGUCACCUACUCAUGGUCUUAGACUUGGCCUCUCCAGACUAGCAAGAGUCAAACCACUGCAUCCCAGCGCUACCAGCAGUUAAUUGGUCAUUGACAAGGUAUCAUGUGAAGGACUGUGUUCAGAAAAGACUUUGGAAAGUGUUUUGCUUAUAAGUAGAGAGUAGAAAACCAGCAGGCAGCAAAAGCUUCGUGGCAUCAUUUUUUUUGCAAGACAAUUGUUAUGUACAUUUCUAAUACUACAGAGUUUUUAUUCUGUAAAAUGCUAGGCAUCCCUAAGUGCUAUUGAAUAAUAAUAUUAUUUAAUCAAGGUGACAUCUGGUCACCAGUUCUUUUAUGGGUUAUACCCUGAGAUAGGGGUUUAUAAUAAUUGUCAUUCUCUGAUAUCUGAACGUGGCAUUAAAAUAGUCAGAAAUACUAUGUCAAUUACGGAUUUUUUUUAAUCUCAAAUGGAUUCUUAACACAAGUGAAAGUUACAGUUUAAAAAAUGUUUAUGGAAAGAAACAUCACUUUUACCCCUCCGUUCUUGGAAAGUUUCUCUUCACUCUCAAAAUCUGUUAGUGUUUGCAUAACUUAUGUGUUUCUAUUCAUUUUUUUAAAACAAUGUAAUAUAGAUAUGAAUGGUAUUUAGAAUGUUGUAUUUAAAAAAAGUAAAAUAAAAUAUAUAAUCUAAUCUUAAUAAUUCAUUAAUUAAUUUUGAAGUUCAUUUCCAAAUUUUGGCUACAGUUCUGCAAAUAUUUUUGCAUGUGAAUAAUUUACUGGAAGUCAAUAGCAUUGCUCAGACUCAGACAAUAAGGUUUUUGCUUUGGGCUCCUUGAUCUUUGGUGAAGACUGAUAUCCUGCGUAUUUAUUGAAUUUUAUAAAACUUGAAGUGACGGUUACUUUGUCAUAAGAUGGAGCUUUUAGAUAUAAUUAGUCCACAAAUGUAAAUAAUUUCCAGUGUAAGCAUAUUGGUUAUGCCAGAUGCCACAGUAGAUGCUUUUGGUCCUGUAUUACUUAAAGGAUUUGGUCAUGAACGAGUGAGUUGUAUUCACAUAACUGAAGAUUCCUGGUUGCUUAACAUACAUGAUAGUGUUAAAAGAAUAUAUGGGCCUAUUGUUCAGAGUAAUUAUGCAGGUAAAAGCAUGGUGUUGCUUAGAAUAAAAGUAUGGUAUGAUACUAAUUUUUAACUGUAUAGUAUUUAAAUUAUUAAAACAAGAUUCUAACAAAUACAUAUGAAAAAUAAUAGGCACGUUGCCGUAUGGAAAGACUUAUAAAGAAUCUGUGGAUCAAAGUGUGUUUCUCAGAAACAAGGAAACUCGUUGUUGUGACUUAUAAUUGCACUUUAUCCAGAUUUUGGAUGCCUGACUGCUGGCGUAGAAUCACUUAGCUUUGAGUGAGGUAGGGCCUGGUGAACUGGACUAAGGGAGUUUUGGGAUGGCAUAUGCCUGAUGUCUCUCGUGCCUGUCUGCCUCAUUUCUGAGUUGUCUUAGCUUGCUAAAAUGGUGCAUCAGAAAAAUAGAACUUUACCGCAGAUUGUCAGCAGAUGAGCUUGAGACUGCUUCCAAAGUUGAAAAAGAAGUACGCACAGGAAAAGGUAGGUAUCUAAGAAUAAUGCUUGUGACAACUAGGAAGUGGAUGUUGUGUUAUUCCUCUCCUUGAUUGACUUUUUGUGCUUAUUUAACAAGCCCUCUUCUGAGAUGUAUGGUGAAUAAGCAGCUGCAGCGGAACAGGAGGUGUGGGGAGCCCUGGGCCUCAGGGUGGUUCAAUGCAGCAUCCCAAUCUGAUACCCUCCGUUCAUGCUUCAGUCAUUUUCUUUAUAGAAGAAAGAAAUGGACAUGCAAAAGAACAUCUGUAUGGUCACUCACUGCAUCACAGUCAUCAGGUUUCUUUCUAUUGAAAUUAAACUGUCAUGAGUUGUUUUGCUUUUA